GGCGGGCGCCCCGCCAUGUACCCGAGGAUGCUCCGGUGCGGCGCCGAGCUGGGCUCGCCCGGGGGCGGCGGCGGCGGCGGCGGCGGCGGCGCAGGGGGGCGCCUGGCCCUGCUCUGGAUAGUUCCGCUCACCCUCAGCGGCCUCCUCGGGGUGGCCUGGGGAGCGUCCAGUUUGGGAGCGCACCACAUCCACCAUUUUCACGGCAGCAGCAAGCAUCAUUCAGUGCCUAUCGCAAUCUACAGGUCACCGGCAUCCUUGCGAGGCGGACACGCUGGGACAACAUAUAUCUUUAGCAAAGGCGGCGGACAAAUCACGUACAAGUGGCCUCCUAAUGACAGACCAAGUACGAGAGCAGACAGACUGGCCAUAGGAUUCAGCACUGUUCAGAAGGAGGCUGUCUUGGUGAGAGUGGACAGUUCUUCAGGCCUGGGCGACUACUUAGAACUGCACAUACACCAAGGAAAAAUUGGAGUUAAGUUUAAUGUUGGUACAGACGACAUCGCCAUUGAAGAGUCCAAUGCAAUCAUUAAUGAUGGGAAGUACCACGUAGUGCGUUUCACGAGGAGUGGGGGUAACGCCACCUUACAGGUGGACAGCUGGCCAGUGAUCGAGCGUUACCCUGCAGGAAACAAUGAUAACGAGCGCCUGGCGAUUGCUAGACAGCGAAUUCCAUAUCGACUUGGUCGAGUAGUUGAUGAAUGGCUACUCGACAAAGGGCGUCAGCUCACAAUCUUCAAUAGCCAAGCAACCAUAAUAAUUGGCGGGAAAGAUCAGGGCCAGCCCUUCCAGGGCCAGCUCUCUGGGCUUUACUACAACGGCUUGAAAGUUCUGAACAUGGCAGCAGAAAAUGAUGCCAACAUCGCCAUAGUGGGAAACGUGAGACUGGUUGGUGAAGUGCCUUCCUCUAUGACAACCGAGUCGACAGCCACUGCGAUGCAGUCAGAGAUGUCCACCUCGAUCAUGGAGACCACCACGACCCUGGCAACUAGUACGGCUAGAAGAGGAAAGCCCCCCACGAAGGAACCCAUCAGCCAGACGACAGAUGACAUCCUUGUGGCUUCAGCAGAGUGUCCCAGCGACGAUGAGGAUAUCGACCCCUGUGAGCCGAGCUCAGGUGGGUUAGCCAACCCCACCCGCGUGGGCGGCAGAGAGCCGUACCCCGGCUCGGCGGAAGUGAUCCGGGAGUCCAGCAGCACCACGGGCAUGGUGGUGGGCAUCGUGGCGGCAGCCGCCCUAUGCAUCCUCAUCCUCCUCUACGCCAUGUACAAGUACAGAAACCGGGAUGAAGGCUCCUACCACGUGGACGAAAGCCGAAACUACAUCAGUAACUCAGCUCAGUCCAACGGGGCAGUGGUCAAGGAGAAGCAGCCCAGCAGUGCGAAAAGCGCCAACAAAAAUAAGAAGAAUAAGGAUAAAGAGUAUUACGUCUGAUCCGGAGGGGGGAAAAAAAAGAAGAAGAGAGAGAGAAAGAGAGAGAGAGAGAGACACUUGUAUAGAAAUAGUCUUCAUUUUAUCUGAGACAUAAUAUAAACUUAUUUACUUUCCUUUUUACGAAGCACAUACACAAGAAGACAGGGGAUGCUAUCAGGAAGGAAAGACUGUUUUUACAAAAAAAAUAAAUAAAUAAAGUAUCUCAUGCUCUUGUUUCUCAAAAAAAUAAUAAUAAUAAAAUAAAACAAAAAAAAAGGAAAGGAAGAAUAAGAAAGGAAGGAAAAAAAAAAAGAACACUGAAAAUCAACAACAAAACAAAACAAAAACAGGGGCCAAUAAAUUCCCUAAUAUCCGCAGUGUUUUCAUUCCCUGCCUGUCUUUAUGUUGCUGGGACAUUCCUGAAAGACAGUGACGACGCACGCGCUCAUAAAGCAGAGGAGUAUUAACAGCAUCGAGGCACACCACCAAACCAACACUAAACAUCACACACACCAAGAAGCUACCUAUGAUCGUGGAUUCAGCCAAAGUGCUAGCGCUUUCCCGGGAAGCCAGUCAGUGGAUGGCGAGGAGGAAACUGCCCAUUGACAAACUGCAGACCCGAAGUUUGCCAGCCAGGGCGCCUGGAGCUGGGGUUGGAACUUGCAUUUGAAACCAAGUGCUGGCUUUUUUGAAGACUUGUGUAGGAUCACAUUCAAAAAGCCCCUUUCUGUUUGUGAGAGGAAAAAAAAAAAAAAGUAUGGAGGCCUUAUUUUCAGAAAUAUGAAAUAUAAGGCACACUUUCACACUCAAAUUUCAAAACAAAAAUGAGAGGGCAUAGAUGCAAUCAUUGGGGAAUUUUCAUGCACGCUUACUAUGUUAUUACAUAUGUUUAUAUAAAACCCAUCUCUGUGUGCUUUCUGGACUGUGAUAAGUGACGUUUUAUAGCCUGUUGUAUAGAAAAAUGCAAACUAUAUCUCUGCUCUUCAGCCAUUUUCAGUAAAUCCAAUGUUAUAAGUAUUGCUAAAUAUAGGGAGUUUUAUGACAUCAGAGCAGCAAUUAUUUCAGUCAGUUUUAUUUGCCACCAUUAUAAAUUGCCACAAUUACUUUUUUAAACAGAAAUUACAGUGUAGUGUUUAUUCUAAGAAAGACAUGUAUGAAUGUAUAUAUAAAAAAAAAAAGACUCGGCUACUUUUUUUCUUACAUGUACGGCCUUCAUUCUGUUGCGAUUAAGUUUUAGUAUUUGUUUGAAAGGUGUGAAUUAGAAGGUAAAAUAUAUACAUAUGUAUCUUAUAAUCUUUUCUCAGCCCAAGUACUCAUGUUCCUACAUAUGUUCAACAUUCACACUGGUACAUACUUCAAACACACACAAACACAACACCCACGGGGGUCCAUCAGCUAUGAUGGAAGAUAUAAACAUUUGCUGAAAAACUGAAAAGCAUGAAGGAAGAUAGUUGUGCCAAGGUAUUACAACAAAUGAGGUGAUUUGUUUAAUUGAGAUCCCAAUUCCAGAAAACUUCAAAAAGACCUUAGUCUCUAAUAAUACAGUAGAACCUUUCUUAUGAAAUAGAGAAUCAUGGCUAUACUGAUGUAUGAGUUUCAGGCUCAUUCUGUAGGCAGGUUACAGAAGCAACAUUGGUUAACUAUGCUGCAAUCAAAAAAACUUUGUGUUCAAUAAAAAUUAUAUAUUUAAUUAUAUAUAGGCUAUAUAUAAUUAUAUAUAUAUAUAUAUAUAAAUAUUCUUUGAACAUGGUGUGUGUGAUAAACCUCUUUGGAAAGUGAAAUUUUCUCAACUAAAGAAGUGUUCUCAAUAAUUUUUGAUUCUGUAUUACUAUCGAUUAAAAAUCACUCUAUAUUUGCUGAUGAAUGACUAAAUUUUAACUUGACUGGUUUUGCAUCUACAUAGUGUAGUUUUAGUUUAACCAACAUUGAGUAGCAGAAAAAGAUAGAUUAUACACUUGUUUUUGCAUAAUGUUUCAAUGAUGUUCAUAGCAAUAAAUUGUUAACAUGAGAAAGUAAUGCAGUGGCAAUGCAUUCUGGGAUUGUGAGGUGAUGCUUCUGUACAAAUUGGUCACAUUAGUAAAACAUCCCCUGAAAGAACAGUACUAGGUUUCAUGGAGGAGAAGAAUACCUUUAUAAUCAGCUUUAAUCAGCAAAGGCAAAAAAAAAAAAAAUCUUUUAUGAGACUUUAGUAAAUGAAGAACAU